AUGGGCAUCUCUUCCUCCUUGGAGGUGCUGCUGGGGAACCGGGGUUGCCGGUUGAGGGCUGUCAAGGUUGGUAGUUGGCUGGUGGUGGUAUUUUCCAACUGGUGUCGGAUUUGGCGUGUUGAUGGGUCCGCGGCCACCUUCGCGUGGUAUAGUGAGACUCAAGCUAGCCAGGUAAUUCGGCCAGUGUUGCCGGCUUUUUCUGACGGUAGCCAGGUACUCCGAGCGACGGCGAUCCUUCCUAAGUGGCUCCGCUGCUACAGAGAGACGAUCCCUGCUAGUCUUCAAGCAGACCUGGCCGGUCAGCGCCGGCCGAAGUUCACGGAGCUCACCACGCAGAACCUGAAGAUCCUCUGCGACGCGCUCGAGUUGUGCUAUCCGGGGCACGGGGACAUCGUUCCCGGCAUAUCGAGCACCGUGCUCCUGUGCCGAUCCGGCAUGACGAGGAGGGUGAGGAAGAAUACGUCUAAUCCGUUGCCAGCGUCGACGACCAACCUGCUCUUCCUAGGAAGGGAGUCGGGCGGCAAGACGGCGGUUGCUCGGGAGCUUGCAAGGCUCGUGUUCGGUUCAUACGCCGAGUUCACCGCCCUGCGGGCCGAUAACUCCGACGAAUCCACACGCAGCGGCAAGCUCACCCUCAAGAGGCGGAGAUCAACAGGCGACGGCAAUGGUGGCCAUGCCCUAGGGAGUCUGUUCAAAGCGAUCGUGGAGAACCCCCACCGCGUUAUAUUGAUCGACGGCGUCGACCGGCUGGAUCCCGAUUCGGAAAUGUGCAUCAAGGACGCGAUGAUGAAAGGUACGGUAAGGGGAUGCAAUGGCGACGUGGUCGGAUUGGAGGAUGCCAUCGUGGUGCUCUGCUCUGACUUGUUGGACGCGAGGUGUGUGGUUUCUUCCCCUCAGGUGAAGGGGCGACUCGAAGAUGGAGACGCCACGGGCAAGGAUGUGAGAUCAUGUCGUCGUCUUGGAUUGGAUUUGAACGCUUUCCCAGAGGUUGGGGAAGAUGAGGAGGAUAUUUUGGCAGAUGAUGAUGAGGCGAUCCUGAAUUUCGUGGACGGUGUUUUCUUUUUCAAGUAGCAGAUAAGAAGAGAGAGAGACGAAAAGUUGUUUUGGCACAUGAGCACCAGUGCUCCUGCCAGGUGGAGUCAUGUGCAUCGUUCGUUUCUUAAAUCCAUCCAUCCAAAUGUCUGUAUCCUUACAG